ACUGCGCAGGGUCAGGGUGCCGGGAAGAGGGCCAUGGAGCAGUACUGCAUCUUGGGGCGCAUAGGGGAGGGUGCGCACGGCAUCGUCUUCAAAGCCAAGCACGUGGAGACUGGAGAGAUCGUUGCCCUCAAGAAGGUGGCCCUGCGGCGGCUGGAGGAUGGCAUUCCCAACCAGGUCCUACGGGAGAUCAAGGCCCUGCAGGAGAUCGAAGACAGUCAGUAUGUUGUGCAGCUGAAGGCCGUGUUCCCACAUGGUGCAGGCUUCGUGCUGGCCUUCGAGUUCAUGCUGUCAGAUCUGGCUGAGGUGGUGCGCCAUACCCAGAGGCCACUGGCCCAGGCGCAGGUCAAGAGCUACUUACAGAUGCUGCUCAAGGGCGUCGCCUUCUGCCAUGCCAACAACAUCGUGCAUCGGGACCUGAAACCAGCCAACCUGCUUAUCAGUGCCUCAGGCCAGCUCAAGAUAGCGGACUUUGGCCUAGCCCGGGUCUUUUCCCCAGAUGGCAACCGCCUCUACACGCACCAGGUGGCCACCAGGUGGUACCGAGCCCCCGAGCUCCUGUAUGGUGCCCGCCAGUACGAUCAAGGUGUCGACCUCUGGGCCGUGGGCUGUAUCCUGGGGGAGCUGUUGAACGGGUCCCCCCUUUUCCCAGGAGAGAAUGACAUCGAACAGCUUUGCUGUGUGCUUCGAAUCUUGGGCACCCCCAGUCCUCAAGUCUGGCCGGAGAUCACUGAGCUGCCUGACUACAACAAGAUCUCCUUCAAGGAGCAGGCGCCCGUGCCCCUGGAGGAGGUGCUGCCCGAUGCCUCUCCCCAGGCCUUGGACCUGCUAGGGCGGUUCCUCCUCUACCCACCACAGCAGCGCAUCUCUGCCUCCCAGGCCCUCCUGCACCACUACUUCUUCACAGCUCCCCUGCCUGUCCACCCCUCGGAGCUGCCGAUCCCCCAGCGCCCAGGGGGACCUGCACCCAAGGCCCACCCAGGACCCCCGCACGUCCAUGACUUCCACGUGGACCGGCCUCUCGAGGAGUCACUGUUGAACCCGGAGCUGAUUCGGCCUUUCAUCCCGGAGGGCUGAGAUGCAGGGCCAGGCCCUGUUGGCUUGUCCCCCCAACUUCCUGCCUCUCCCAAGGACAACCCAAGCCACUCUCUGCUCCAGCCUGAUUUCAACCACAGUGGCCCUGGUCCUGGCCAGAUGAUGAGGCCAUCCAGCCCCAGCAGAGGGCGCCCUCAACCCGUGCUGUCGGCCUCCCACCUGUGUGCUGAAGGAGGCAGAGAGUUCCACUGCUAUGCCUGUCAUCAGGGAUACCACCGGUCAGGGAUUGUCCCAGUGGAACCAUCUAAGGCAGCACUGAGUUUACCAUGUCCUCAUGUUGGAAACCCAAGUGAGAAGGAAAGUUUGGUUUGAUUUUGUUCUCAGACUUUAAACACUAGUUCAACUUUGAGAUUUAUUAUAAAAACCCUGAAUAGUUCUAUGUGACGUACGCCCCUCUUCCGUAGUUCAUAUAGAGAGAAGUGGCCGAGGUGGCAUCAUCUCUUGACCCUUGUUUCUCUCUGGUCACUUGGAAAGUGGCCCCAUUCAUGGCUACUUUAGUCUUGGGGGCUUCCUAGGUUCUUCAUGUAACAGAGCUCCUUUUAGAGGUGAGGUGGCAGAAGGCAAGGCCCAGGGAUGGCUCAAGUGGGGGACCCAGUAGUGACCCUCUACACCUUAAACUGGUUUACCAGUAUCACCCUCAGGAUAAGGGUGAACCUUAUCCUCUUCGCUCAGAG